AUGAGACCGUUGUAUAGCUGCAACCUUGCAACCAAAGAUGAUAUUGAGAUGGCAGGUGGCGUAGCUCCUGCUCACCUGGAAGUUAAUGUAGGCGGCUAUAAUACAGAGCAGACAAUACCUAUAGUAAAGCAUCAGCUCGUGAAAGUUGGGAGAAAUGAUAAGGAAUGUCAACUCGUUCUAACGAAUCCCUCUAUCUCCUCUGUUCAUUGCGUGUUUUGGUGUGUCUUUUUUGAUGAGGAUAGUAUUCCAAUGUUCUACGUUAAAGAUUGUUCUCUUAAUGGAACGUAUUUGAACGGUUUGCUUUUGAAAAGGGACAAAACGUAUCUUUUAAAACAUUGCGACGUUAUUGAAUUAUCGCAGGGAAGUGAAGAAAAUGACAUUAAAAAAACACGACUAGUUUUUAUGAUUAAUGAUGAUUUACAAUCUUCUCUGGACCCAAAACUUUUAGAUCAAAUGGGUUUUCUGAGGGAAGUAGACCAAUGGGAAAUAACAAAUAGAAUAGUGGGUAAUGGCACUUUCGGUCAUGUUCUGAUCACGCAUAACUCAAAAGAACGUGAUGAAGAUGUCUGUUAUCACCCUGAAAAUUAUGCUGUGAAGAUCAUUAAACUAAAACCAAAUAAAUUCGAUAAAGAGGCUCGAAUCCUUUUGAGACUGGAUCACCCAAAUAUUAUCAAAGUCUACCAUACUUUCUGUGACAGGAACAAUCACCUUUACAUAUUCCAGGAUCUUAUCCCUGGUGGUGAUUUGUUUUCUUACCUAGCUAAAGGCGACUGUCUAACUUCCAUGUCAGAAACUGAAUCGCUAUUGAUCGUCUUUCAAAUUUUGCAAGCUUUAAACUACCUUCAUGAUCAAGACAUUGUUCACCGCGAUUUGAAACUAGACAAUAUUUUGUUAUGUACGCCAGAACCGUGCACUAGAAUCGUCUUGGCAGACUUUGGUAUAGCUAAAGAUUUAAAUUCCAACAAAGAAAGAAUGCAUACUGUCGUAGGCACUCCGGAAUACUGCGCUCCAGAAGUUGGAUUCAGAGCAAACAGAAAAGCAUAUCAAAGCUUCUCAAGAGCAGCUACGUUAGAGCAACGAGGUUAUGACAGUAAAUGUGAUCUUUGGUCUUUGGGUGUCAUUACACACAUUAUGUUAACAGGGAUCUCGCCUUUUUAUGGAGAUGGUUCUGAGAGGAGUAUUAUUCAAAAUGCAAAAAUUGGGAAGCUGAAUUUCAAACUGAAGCAGUGGGAUAUUGUUUCAGAUAAUGCCAAGAGUUUUGUCAAAGACCUUUUGCAAACUGACGUAGUUAAACGAUUAAAUAGUAAGCAAGGUCUCAAACAUAUUUGGAUUGCAAAACACUUAAGUCAAUUAGAGAGAUUAUAUUACAAAAAGAUAUUGUGCAAUAACGAAGGCCCUAAACUAGAAAGUAUAAAUUCAGACUGGAAAAGGAAGUUACCCAAAAGUGUUAUCAUUUCUCAGGCAAUACCGAAAAAGAAGAAGGUUUUGGAGUAA